UUAGUUAGAUCUCUUCUACUUUUUCAGAACCAAGUAUUGAGCUUUCUAUUUCAAUGAAAGCUGUGGAAGACUUAUCUGUACUGUGGUUUCUUGGGCUUUUAUGCUUAGUUAGAACUCUUGGAAGACUUAUUUGUACUGUGGUUUGUUUGGGCUUUUUAUGCUUGGUCGAGCACUUGAGCUCUCAAUCAAUUGAAGCGUCUUUCACUAAUUGAUUUCCCGUGAACAAAUGGUUCUUGUGCAUCUUAUGUAUGUGAAAAGACAGUGAUGGAGAUGGAUGGGAAAGAAAGAGAUUUUUAGCACUGGAUGAAAAGCAAGGAAGCUAAAGAGGCCUAUCAAAGAACAGGAAGUUGUUAUAUCUACAAUGCCUUGGCUAGUAAUGGAAGGAAACAACUUUCAUACCAUGAAUCACAAUUUACAAAAGGGUGUUUCUUACUUUCUUUUUCACUAGCGCCAAUGGAAUAGCCAAGCCAUUGGUUUAGUGGGAAGCUUCCUCAUGAUGCAUGUGAAUAAGAAUAGCUUGAUUCUAUAACCUUCACCUUUUCCUAGUCAUCAAUCCCUUGUCUCUUCCUCCCCAAAGGCAAUUAGUACCCAACUUUCUGUAACCUUCACCUUUCAUAUUUCUUUGUCCAUACCAACCAGUCCUUAUCUCCCUCAUUGGCUAUUAUAGAACAAAUUGGCAGAUCAGAUCAGAUCACAAAUCUGUUAAGCCACAUUUGAAAUUUGAGAGAGAAGUAGUGCAGGAAGGCGAGGAUUGGAGAUGUCGGAUUGGGGGCCAGUUUUCAUAGCAGUGGUGCUGUUCAUUCUGUUAACUCCAGGGCUGCUGAUUCAGAUACCUGGGAAAAGCCGGUUCGUCGAGUUUGGCAAUUUUCAGACUAGUGGAGUAUCAAUUCUGGUUCAUUCCAUCAUCUACUUUACUCUCAUCUGUAUCUUCUUGUUGGCUAUUGGAGUCCACAUGUAUGUUGGUUCUUAAACUACUCAAAUGUGUACCAGUACCAAAUUGUGAACUCAGGAUUUGAUUGUCUCAUUUACAAAAAUACACAUGUUAAGUUGAUGUGUCAUGUACUUUAUGUUGUUUCUCAAUGAUUUUUACUGCUAAUAACUGGAUUUUGUCCCCCUUCUUUCUGAGUUCUAGAUUGCUCAUGGAUUAGAGGUAUUGAUUCUAACAUCAUAUUCAGAUAUU